CAAAUAAAAAUUACCGCUGAAGUUGCAAAUAAGCAGGCAGCAAAUAAGAAAAGCGCUGUAAAAAAUAUAUGAAUAAAACGAUUUUAAUAGAAAAAUUCUUAACGAAAUAAAAACACCCGGCGUAAACGCUUUGCGAACAUUUACCAAACAAAAAAAAAAAAAAUGUGGACUCCUUACCUACUGGCUACAGCCUUCGCAUCCUGCUAUUGGUCAUGUGCCACUGCGUCUAAACACAGCAGCUAUGAUAUGCCUGCCAGCGCUGAAACUCCGCACACGCCACCUGUGAUCCAAUCGUUACAAUGGACGGGCGGCCAAUUUGAGUUUCCCGGCUCAUCGCUUGCACUCUUCAAAAGUUCGGGCAAGUACAUCGCGAAAAAUGUGAUAGCGACGCGUGCGCAAAUAGUUGGUGACACCGUUUUCCUGGCCAUGCCGCGUUACAAGCACGGCGUACCCGCCACACUGGUGAAGACCACACUGAACCCCGGCACUUGUCACAGCAAACUCGCACCCUUCCCCUGCUGGAAUAUGCAGGACGAUAGCACAUGCAAGGGCUUUCAGUCGGUGGUUGAUUUAGUUGUCGAUCAAAAUGAGGUACUCUGGGUGCUGGACACAGGCGUUGUGAAUACACUCGAGACGCCCGAACGCAAAUGUGCCGCCAAGGUGGUGGCACUUUCCGUGAAAACCGGCAAGGUGCUGAAGUCUAUUUCGUUGGAGGGCCUAACCUCGCCCAAUUCGCGUCUGCAGUAUGUGGUGGUGGAUUAUGCGGCCGAUGGCAGUUGCUUCGUGUAUGUGAGCGAUGCCGCAAAUCGUGCAAUCAUCGUCUAUAAUUUGCAAGCUGAUCGAGGCUUUCGUGUGAUCUUGCCAAAAGCGGUCGCUUCCGGCUGUAGAACGCGUGAUGUGCUGUACAUAGCGCUGAUACGCAGAGAUUGUGGCACAACCGAAUUAUACUUCACUUACCUGAGUACGAACAAACUCUUCUCGUUGGAAUCGGAGUAUUUGCGGAGUGGCGUAGCCGAUGGACGCAUAAUGGAUUUGGGCAAGAAACCAUCGCGCAUGGUGAUUAUCGGCACCGAUAAUGGCUCGGCAAUAUUCUUCCGCAAUGAAGGCGAUUCUGAGGUCUAUCGCUGGGACACCUCCACUGCCUUUGUGGAGACAAACUUCAAGCCUGUCUACCGAAGCGACACUUGCCAGCUGGCGACACAUGCGCUGCCCGACUACAAGCACAAUACCAUGCGGAUAUUGGAAAGUAAUUUCCCGGAUUAUAUGCAGAAUCGAGUGGGUUGUGGAGCAGUGCAGAAAUUGUCUGUAAUGCAGGGAUGCUGGUAAAAGUUGGGGCUGAAUGCGAGGAAUGUGAGGUGUUAUAGAGAAAUUAAAAGAGUCUGCACUUGGAAAGUUGUAUGCCCCAAAAAAACAAAAAAAAAAAAAAAAAAUGGAAGAAAGUAAAGAGAAAAAGUAAAGAAGGUGAAAAGAAAUUAAGAAAGAAAGCGAAGAAGUCUAGUAUAAAAUGAUAAGGAAGUGGAAAGGGCGCACAUUUUAUGGUUUAUGAAAACUAAAGUAAAAAAAGUAACAUCUUAAUGCAAAUAGGAAGCAGCAUUUGAACUGAUAGUAAUAAGACUUGGUUUCGCUUGGCGCCGUUAGCACGAGAAAGACAUGACUGACGCGCUUUGCUAAACUCGGUCAAAAUCGUACUAAUUAAGAAGAAGAAUUAGUGUAUAGAGCCAAAAAGUGUAAAAUGUUAGAGUAGUAAUAUAUUGGUGAUGGGUAGGCCAUGCUUAGCCACAACUAAAGGGUGGUUAAGUUUCAAGGGCCGGUGUUGAUUUUGAAUAAAAUACAAUUUUUUUAAGAAAA